UUUGUGUUAUUUACAUUAGCUAUCAGAUUAAAGUCUGCUUUUAUGUACACAAAAAUGUUGUGACUCCUUAUGAUAACGAAAGCUUAUAAAAGCAAUCAAAUUUAAUCAAAAUUAUUAUUUACGCCAGCUAAAUGACAACGGAAAUGUUUUACAGAUUAUUGCGACCUGAUGAGGAUCCUACUUUAGGCCUCUUUGCGAAAAACCAAUUUUCUGACGUCAUCAGUGUCGAAGAUCAUGUGACUAAUAGAUCACAAGCGGGAUACGCUUCGCGAUACAUUUCCUGUUGCAAGACAUGGGAUGCAGUCAGAGAUUUUGCUGCUAAUACGUAUACAAGUCCAAAAAGGAUUGUACAGAUAACCAUAAAAUAUCCAACAAUCCAAACAAUAGAUUUGACGGAUCCAAAUAAUCAACUGCUUUAUUUCCCACACAACCAAAGAGCAAUAAAUUAUGUAAACCGUUUUCAGGAGGUGUUGAUCCUGGACCACGUUCCUCCAGAUUGCCUUUCCGACAUCAUGGUUUUACCCUUGUAAAGCCGACUUACAUGCAAAAUUUGGCACGAAUGUUAUAGAAGAUUUGCCAUACUUUUUGUCAUGUUUCGAUUUGCAAUGUGUUGUAACCAAAUUAUGAAAUAAUCAUUUGUAUUUAGUUUUUGCAA